UAGGUACCUUAGGUAGUUAAACGCCGACGGAACCUUAGUUAGGAAGUUAAAAGAAGCUGAGACUUACCUGCAGCUAUUACGUAUCUUAGCAACCAUAUUUUGUUGAUCAUGGCCGACGGGAGCGGACCCGAGGGGGCCUCUCCCCAUCGUAUUGAUGAGACCAAGGAACCAAAGGUUGGGUUACCAGCGACAUUGGCGUACACCGAUUUUCCGAAACCAAUGACAAGCCCAAGAGGUUGGCUACUCCCUGUCAUUUACGUUUUUUUAAAGGGGGGGGGGGGGGCGUCAAUGAUAGCAGCUUCCAUAAAGUUACACUUCCCGAUGUUCCUGCCGUUGAAUACUACUAGCGCGGUUCCGGUGUCUUACUACCUAAUUGUAGCUACCUACCUACCUAAACCUAUACCUUUCUCUCGGGAUUAACACAUUAGGUUAUGUAAGGUACAUAUAAUCCUAAGAAUACCUAUUAAAUACCUACCUAAGGUAAUACCUACUACCUACUAGGUAUCAGUUGGCAUACAUAUUUAAUACCCAAUUCCAUCCAUAUCAUACCUAAGUGUACCCAUACGUCCUUAGUUAGGU